UCUUCUUCCUCCAGCCCCCUCCCGUUAAACCCUAAACCCCUCAGCUUCUUCCCUCUAACUAUUGUUUCUCGCUGGAACAAUGACUUCGUCGGUUCUUCUAGACCGUCAUCGGACCUUUUCCAGCCUUCUAUGUAAGCUCAUAUUCUCUCGGUCUAUGGGCGGUGGUCCACGGACCUUCCCCGGAGGCCUCAACAAGUGGCAAUGGAAGCGAAUGCAUGAGAAAAGAGCCAAAGAGAAGGAGAAAAGACUUCUCGAACAGGAGAAGCAGCUCUACCAGGCUCGAGUUCGUUCCGAAAUACGCUCCAAGAUUGCUGGUGUUCAUGAAACUUCGAAGAAUUCGGACCCUUCUACCCAUUACUCCCCAAUGACCCCCAGCGAGCAUAUUAAAGCCCUAGCUAACAGGUUCAUGAAAGAGGGAGCGAUUGAUUUUUGGAAUGAAGAUGAUGGUCCAUUGAAGACACCGCUACCGAGAUCGGAAUUUCAUGGAGGAUCGAGACGGAUUGCAUCGAGUGUUCGGAGUGGAUCGAUUAGAUCGCCUAUCGACGUCAAGAAAUUGUUACCGGAGAAACAUGAUGCAUCCGUAGGGCCUCAGUUUACGUAUGGCGAUAAUUUGAAGGGUAGGAGCUAUUCAGUGCAGAGUCGAAGGAGCUUUCGAAGGAAUGAGAGUUCAUCGAGUGAUGAGGACACGGAUUAUAACUCAGGUGUCGAUUCAAUAAAACCUUUUGCGAAUAAGUUAGCACGUAGCCCUGAUAAAAAUGUGAAAUCAAGAAAUCUUAACAGUAUUAGCGAUGACAGGAAGGCUGUAGCACAGAGGAAGAUGAAAUUUUGGAGAAAUGGGAGUUCGAGCAGCGAGGACGACUCCGAAGAAGAAUUGAGUAAUGUGGAUAAGGAUUUGAGACGUUGGAAAGAUUUGAGAACUGGGAGUAGUGCUUCCUUGGGGAAAUGUGAUAUGAAAAUGAAGAGGAGGGUACCUCUAAAAUCAUAUAAUGAAGAAAGUGAUUUUGCUGAGCAAGUUGACUUGCUUAGAUAUGAACUCGGCAAAAAGGCUGCAGCUGAAGACGAAGGUGAGAAGAGGGAGGAGAUAAUUUUCACUGAGAAAAGAUUUGACGAGUGUGGCAUAUCUCCACUGACAGUCAAAGCACUUUCUUCUGCUGGAUAUGUUCGAAUGACUCGAGUACAGGAGGCUACUCUAUCUCUUUGCCUUGAAGGGAAGGAUACCUUGGUCAAGUCAAAAACUGGUAGUGGAAAGAGCGUUGCUUUUCUGCUUCCUGCCAUUGAAGCAGUUUUGAAGGCUGCAUGUAGCAGCAAUAAUCAAAGGGUGCCUCCAAUUUCUGUUCUGAUUCUCUGCCCCACCAGGGAACUUGCUAGUCAAAUUGCUGCAGAAGCAAAUGUUCUGCUGAAGUACCAUGAUGGCAUAGGAGUGCAAACGCUAGUUGGAGGCACUCGAUUUAAAGAUGAUCAGAAACGACUAGAAUCAUUUCCCAGCCAGAUUGUAGUUGCUACUCCUGGCAGAUUGCUGGACCAUGUUGAGGAUAGGUCUGGCUUGUCUGUGCGACUGAUGGGGUUAACAAUGCUUAUACUUGAUGAAGCUGACCUCUUAUUGGACUUGGGAUUUCGCAAGGACAUUGAGAAAAUUGUUGACUGUUUGCCCCGCCGAAGGCAGUCCAUGUUGUUCUCUGCAACUAUUCCAAGGGAGGUUCGUCGAAUAUCUCAGCUAGUUUUGAAAAGAGAACAUGUUUUUGUUGAUACUGUGGGCCUUGGUUGUGUGGAAACUCCUACUCAGGUCAGGCAGUCAUGUCUUGUAGCACCACAUGAAUCUCAUUUUCAAAUUGUAUGCCAUCUCUUGAAGGAACAUAUCUCGUGCACUCCUGAUUACAAGGUUAUAGUUUUCUGUACAACAGGGAUGAUAACAUCACUUUUCCAUGUGCUUUUACGGGAAAUGAAAAUGAAUGUCAGAGAGAUGCACUCCAGGAAGCCACAACUUUAUCGUACACGUAUCUCAGAUGAAUUCAAACAGUCAAGACGGCUCAUUCUUGUUACAUCAGAUGUUUCAGCUCGUGGUAUGAAUUACCCUGAUGUUACCUUGGUCAUACAGGUGGGCGUACCAUCUGACAGGGAGCAAUAUAUACAUCGUCUUGGAAGAACAGGACGUGAAGGCAAAGAAGGUCAAGGUGUCUUGUUGGUUGCACCAUGGGAGGGAUAUUUCCUCGAUGAGUUAAAAGAUCUGCCUCUUGAAAGACGCCCUCUGCCCCAGUUGGAUUCAGGCUUAAAGCUAAAGGUAGAGGAAUCAAUGGCAAAGAUUGAUACCUCCAUCAAAGAAGGUGCAUAUCAUGCAUGGCUAGGUUAUUACAACUCAAUCAGGGAAAUUGGCAGAGAUAAAACUACUCUGGUUGAGCUUGGCAAACAAUUUUCGGAGUCAAUUGGUCUCCAAAAGCCACCAGCACUUUUCAGGAAGACAGCUCUAAAGAUGGGUUUGAAAGAUAUACCCGGCAUAAGAAUUCGAAAGUAGUUUUCACCUGGUAUGAACAACGAUAUCUUGUUCAUAUGUUACAUACAAUUAGGAGAGCGGCUGAGAACUUUUUGGACACCCAUCUUCCAUACAUGACUACAAAAUCAAAAUCAUCAUGAAUAAAAAAGGCUCGCCCGUAAAUCUGCAGGUUUGUUUAUCUUAAUUAUCGACAUGGUUCAAGUAUUUGUUGCCAUUUAAUUAUUAUUAAAAAAAAAAAAGCUGCCGAGAAGUGAGAACUGAUGAGUAGUUUCUGUUAUUGUGUUCCUUUCUAAAGCUUAAGUUGGAGCUCUAAUGUAAAUCAUUAUAAUUGAAUCCCAUUUCUGCGUUUUGUAUAUUA